AUGGAGGGGGUCACCGUCGGCCAGGUAUUUGAUGCGGAAUGCAUCCUCAGCAAACGGCCCAGGAAGGGAAAGUUUGAGUAUCUGGUCAAGUGGAGAGGGUGGUCGUCCAAGCACAACAGUUGGGAGCCAGAAGAAAAUAUUUUGGACCCGAGGCUGCUGGCAGCUUUCCACAAGAGAGAACAAGAGCGGGAGCUUCUGUUCCAGAAGAAAGGGAAGAGGCCGCGAGGACGACCGCGGAAGAUUCUGCAGCCUGAGCCCGCUGCCACUAAAGACAGCCGCUCCUCGUCCUCCUCUUCCUCCGGCCUCACAUCGUCCGCCUCCUCCUCUUCCUCCGAGGACGAAGAGCACACGAAGAAGGCGAAGCCGAGCCCUCGCGUCCACCCCGUCCCCCAGAAGAGGCCUCAGAUCGUGCUCGCCAAACCCGACCCUCCCCGCAAGAGGAAGCGCGGGAGGAAGCCGCUGCACCCUGACCUGAGGGCGCUAAGACAAGCAAAGAGCCGACCUCCUUCACCUCCUCCUCCUCCUCCUCCUCCUCCUCCUCCUCGCCACCACCAGGUGCUCAGACCGCCAAGGGAGGAGCCUCGACCCGGCGUGAAGAAGCCGCUGCAGCCGGCCAGCUUCACCUACACGGGGCUGAGCAGGACCUCCAGAGACGACGCCUCCACCUCCCAGACCUCCUCCAGCUCCUUCUCCCAGAGCGCCGCCUCCAAACCGGGAUCCCUCAGCUGCAUCUGGACCAGCCGCUCCAUGUCUCCGUCCUCCGCCACCUACAGCAAAACCAGUCCGUCCCCGCAAACCAAGAACUCUCUGUCCGAGCUGAAGCGCUCCAUCUCAGAAACGAGCGGCAGCAGAGGAGACGGCUACAAGCUGUCCGCUCUCAAACAAGGCGGCGGCUCGCUGGGUUUGCACAGCGGCUUCGGUGGAGGUCAGACGGCGGUGCAGCGCUCCUCGCUGAGCCAGAGGAGGCAGGACGGCGGCGGGAUGGUUCAGCACAAGCAGCAGAGCCUCUCCAAAGUGUCGCCCUCGCCGACGCCUCGAGACCGAGCCAACCAGGCGCUCAACCUCCGAGCUCUCAACCUGCAGAGCGUCAGCAAGCUGCCGGCCGGCAGCCUUCAGGGGAGCAACGCCGGCGCUGCGGCGUCCAGGUCGAGCUUACGGAGCGGUGGCGGCGUCGUUGUCAAAGGAGGAGUUGGCAUGAAAGAGACUCGGACGUCAGCUGGCGGACAGCGUUCUGCGCUGGCAGCAGGCAGCGGUGCAGAGCCAGGGCGGUUAAGGGAGGACAGGGCGAAGGAGACGUUAACAGACACUAAGAAGAUGACAGGAAGCAGCUCCAGUCGGGGAAACGGCGGCGAGAGGAAGCUCGGCGCGCAGUCCCGGAGCCUGAACGAGCUGAGCACCGGAGACUCCGACGAGUCCAGCAGCAGCGAAUCAGAGCACAACGUCUCACUGUUUCCAAACAACAGCAGGCCCAGCCUCGGCAACGACGCCACCGAGUCGGACACGGAGACGGACUGGCGGCCGGCGCGGAGCCUCCUGGAGCACGUGUUCGUCACCGACGUCACGGCCAACUUUAUCACGGUGACGGUGAAGGAGUCGCCAACCAGCGUGGGGUUCUUCAAUUCACGGAAUCACUGAAGGACGUCUGCAGAGCUGAGCUGAACUGUCCCGCAACACUUCCUCCCGCAGCUCUCAGGGUUCCCGCCAUCCAGACGCUCUCGGCUCUUUUUACGUAGAAAUGCACAAAAAAAGUCCGGGAACUUUGUGCGCUGUGCGAACAGACGAUACAGUUUGUGGUUCCAGUUAUUCGGUGAUGUUGCGUACGUAGUAGAAGACAGAAACACAGUGGAGACAUCAUCUGCUUUGAAACAAAGUAGGAACCCUGAAGUUUAGACUCCGUUUACACCCGACACUAACACGCAGUCUGCGCCGAGCGGCAAAAUCAAGGUUUCAGGAUUACACGGUUUGCAGGCCUGACGUCGGUCAAACGGUCUUCGAACACCAGCAUCAGUUCAAAUCGCACCAUUUUCUCCUCGCAGUUCUUUUCCAUCACCGUUUCCGCUUUAAUACAACGGAGGUGAACAGAUUUCAGUUUGUGGUGAUGAAUUUAAUAAUUAAUACGACAAAUAACCACAAUAUUUUCCAGAAAACAAAAUCCCAGUUUCUCACUGAAUCCACAAACAUUUAUUAGAAGUAUCUGCCGCUGAGACCUAAAUAUAAAUAUAUCACUUUUUUGAAUGGAGUUUGGUGUGUGGUGGUGUUAAAAACUGAACUCAAAAGAAACAAAGUCCUUGUUUCUCUGAAUAAAUCCACAAACUUUUAUUAGCAAUAUCUGCCACUGAGGACCAAAUCUAUAAACUUUUUGAAUAGUUUUCGGUGGAGAAUUGAGCAUUUAAAACUGAAAAAAAGAAAUAAAGUCCCCAUUGCUCAAAACACACAGAAAUCACUGAGAAUAGAGAAGUGGCAAUAAAUGGGAACUUUUUUAAACGGAGAUUGGUUUGAAGUAAAAACUGGACACAAAAGAAAUAAAGUCCUCGUUCCUCAAAAUAAAAACAACCUCAGAAAUGAUUGAUGGUAGUCGGGGGGGUAAAAUCAUAACUUGGUUGGACUUUGGUUUGGAUGUUGGUUCGUUUCAACAACUUAGUAGUCACAUACAGUCCACUUCAAAGUCCAGCUUCACCUCAUGGUCAUCAUCAGUUUGCUCAGCUGUCAUCACAUCAGGGGACUUUUACGGGUCUUUAGUGAAUCAUUUAGACCAAAAAACUGAAAAAAAUUAUUCCCAGUUGCUCAGAAAAAACACAGAAAUCUGAGAAUAGUCAAGUGGAUUUAAAUUGUGAAUUUUUGAAUGGAGUUUGGUUUGUGGUGGAUCAUGUUAAACUAAGAACUGUAAACAAAAGAGUCCCAGUUGUUAAGAAAAAAAAAAAUUAUGGAAAAUAGUCAAGUCGCAUUAAACGGUGACAUUUAUCAAUUAAAUUUGGUUUGAAGAGAAAAAGAAUCCCAGUACCUCACAAAAAACACAAAGAUCACGGAAAAGAGUCGAGUGGAGUUAAAUCGUAACUUUUUUGAAUGAAGUCUGAUUUGCAGUGAAGCAUUUAAAACAAAAACAUAAACUUAAGAUUCCUAAUUGCUCAGAAAAAACAGAAAUAACAGAAUAGUCAAGUGGCAUUAAAUUGUAACUUUUUUGAAUGGAGUUUGGUUUGGACGUCGGCGAGUUGAGAGUUAAUUCUUUCUCUCGAGUAAACAGACGACUCAAUAGCCAGUUUAAGUCCAUUUACCUGCUUUUUUGUGCUGCAGCUUCACCUUGUGGUCUUCAUCAGUUUGCUCAACAUGUGAAUGGAUUUUCAUGUGUGAUCAUGUGAUUUCAGGAGGUCAUGUGAUUACAGGAGGUCAUGUGAUUUCAGGAGGUCAUGUGAUUUCAGGAGGUCAUGUGAUUACAGGAGGUCAUGUGAUUUCAGGAGGUCAUGUGAUUUCAGGAGGUCAUGUGACAGCUCCAGCCAAUGAUAAAGACCACGAAUGUGCAGCUUCAAGAAAAAGCAAAUAAGAGGACAUUGACAGAGGUUUUUUUUGCGUAGUCAGUUUUUACCUUCGUAUUUUCUCCCGUCAGACUGUGUUUUAGUUGCGGGUGCAGAAACGGGGUUUCAGAUGGAUGUGCGACACCACCUCUCCAGUGCCUCAGGUUCCUCCCAGUCUGUCCAGCCCACUGCCACCGUUCAGCUGCUUAUGACGAUUAGUUUGAGUAGGACAUGUUGUGCUCGUCGGACCUGUAUCCAAACUAAACAUGUGGCUUCAUCCGGGGCAGCAUGUUUCACCUAAAUAUUCAAAAACACACAUCAAGUGAAGUCUGUGAUUUUUCAUCCAUACACAACAUCCCGUCAGGGUCUCUGUCCUCGUCUUUCUUUGGACCAAAGCUGUUAUGAAUGUGAAUUUUAUUUUAAUUUGUAUUAUUGACAGUAUUCCUUGCACUACGCACAGUAUAAUGUAAGCUGGCAUCCCAUUAUCACCUAUAUUUACCAAUUUUAUACCAUUUUAAUACAUUUUUGCCGUCACAGUGUCUUUUGGAGUUAAAAUAAUGUGUUAAUUUAUAUUUGUAAAUAUGUUUUUUGUCUUUUUUCAUGUGAUAUCUGGUGCUCAUUGGCUGACUAGCUUCAGAUUCUUGUAGCCUGUGUGCCUCUCUGCCAUUUUCAAGGUAUUUGAAAUAAACCAUAAGUACCUAAAGAAUUCAAA